GCUGCAUCAGCGUCGAGGAGGCAACUGUAACUCUGGACAGAGACACUUUUAUCAGUCAGCCGUGGAUCAGAGCUGAGUCUUCUCCUUUUCGUCAAAGAGGUACACAGCAUGUCCGAAAUGCUCGACGACAUUUUCACGAAGAACUUUCUUAACCUUUCCCUGGACGAUACCUUGCUCCAAGCAAAGCUGCAGCUCAAAGUCCCAGGGCAGAGUCGGCUCAACCGAUCGCCCUCCCUGUUCUCUCCUCUCUCCCCUCCUGAAUCCUUGAAUCACAGCCUGAGCACUGAGCAUGUUAACAAUGAUGAGAACAGCAGCCCUUUCUGGUCAUCCAAUAUCUGGGGCCAGGCCCACACCUCCAAACAGAAACAAUUCCCCUUCAGGCCCGACCGCUCCAUGAGCCUGACCGAGUCCAGCAGCAACUCUCUGCUUUCCUCUCUGGGACAGCUGAAGAACCUGGAGGCUUUCCCCUCGGGUGCUGCUACUGUGGCUCCCCCACCGGGUUUCCCUCCGUCGUCUUCUCUCCAAGCUCAGGUUCCACCAAUGUUGGCCUCUAACCGUUACAAGACUGAGCUGUGCCGUGGCUUCCAGGAGACCGGCAGCUGCAAAUACGGCAGUAAAUGCCAGUUUGCUCACGGUGAGGCAGAGCUGAGAGGAGUAUACCGCCACCCUAAGUACAAGACAGAGCCCUGCAGAACCUUCUACAACUUUGGCUAUUGUCCCUAUGGUUCACGCUGCCACUUCAUCCAUGAGGAGAAAAUCAGCGAUGAUGCGCCGCCAUCAGCCAAAUUCCCUAAUCAGCGGCAGCAAAAUCCUAUGGGUGGUCCGAAUCCACGCCACCAGCUGCGCCAAAGUGUCAGCUUCGCUGGGUUCCUGGGCUCCUCCCGCAGCUCAUCUCCUCCGUCAUUCCCUUCGUCCUUCAAUGAUCCUAACCUGGGGUUCAGCCGCGCUCCCUCCGUCUCCCCACCUCCGGCCGAUCUCCUCUCCCCAGUGUUUGCUGACUCCCUUCAUCAGGAGGCGGCAGCAUUCCAGUUUAGCAAAAGUCAGACCCGUGCCAGUGCUGGAGACAUCCACAACAUUCCUGUCAUCCUGGAGCCAAAGGCCUCACGCUGUGUGUGUGGCCAUGGAAAUAACUUUAACAGCAACAACAGCAGAGUCUUUGCCAGCUUGGAGGCAGAGGGGCACCACCAGGACAGCACCAUGCUCUUUCCUGGCACCAGCAGCCACGGGGCAUUCGUGAAGCCUGCUGGACUCCAGCGUUUCUCCUCGGAGGACUCGCUGGAGGACAGCUACAGCAGCUCCAGUGGAGGCUCCAGUGGAACCGAGUCUCCAACAUUCGACGCCUCAUCCAAGAGGCUCACUGUGUUUGAACGCCUGUCCCUUUCUGACUAAGUGGAUCCAAAGGAAAAGGACAGAAAAGAACUGCAUCUAUCUCUCUUUCUUUCUUCAGACUUGCUUCAGAACCAGAACUGAUCAGGACGAGUCAGCUUUAGAUGAUACAAUAACACUUAAACAUUUUAAUUUACGUUUGUAAAGAGAAAAAAAAAGAAAAAAAGGAACUUUGACGGUAACGAAUGCUGAGAUCAGAACCCAAAAUGUCACCACACUCUAUUUUUAUACUGAAAAACAUUACGGAGCCUUCUUUCCUUGUAUGUGGUCUUCCAUGUGAGCAAACUCCUCUGCAGGUCUUGACCGCACCAGGAAAUAAUCUGCUUCAUAAUUACCAUCAAAAUGUUAGUGAUGAUCAUUAAUGCGGUGCCUUCAAGAUGAUCUCUGCUUCACAGGCUGUUUAUUCUCGGUGCCAUGAACAGUAUGUUCGAUUCAGUAGCCUUAAUCAGUGAGACCUGACGUGUCGUUGAUCCCAAUUUAUCUGUGAUAUGCACUUUACAGCUAAUUGAAAUGGGAGAAGCUGUCAAAUCUCCCGGUAGCAUUCAACCAAAGCUUCAGACUCUCUUCUGCUCUGUCUGUAUGUCUGUCUGUGUGUGUGUGUGUGUGUGAGUGCGCGUGUGUGUGUGUGCGUGCGUGCAUGUGCGCGUGUAUGUAACCGUGUCAUUUUCCUGAAUCCUGGGGUGCACGCAUAAAUAAGUUUCAGGAUGCUGAAAGAACAAAUGUAGCCUAAGCCAGUGGAUUUCGAUGUUUAUGUGUAAUCUUGAUUCACUUUAUUAGAUUUUCUUCAGCCAAACAUUCUGUAUGCUAAUUUGUAAGCUGCACCCUGUCCUCUGUUGUCCCCUGUUUGUUUGAAAACCUGGUUCAGGGACUUUAACACCACAGUAUUCCUUUUGGUUAUUGGUUGCCUUGUUUAACUUAAACUAAUAUAUUUAUUAUGAUAUUUAUUUGUGUUUAAUGAAUAAAAAAAAAUGUAUUUUGUACUUUAUUUAUGGAGACAUAUUGCAAGCUUUGUGAAAUACCAAUGUGAGGAGGAAAAAAAGAGAAUCUUAUAUUUUUAAUUGCCUGAAAGGGACAAAAUAAAUUUCUGAAUAUAUAAAGAAA